AUGUCCACCACUAUCCGGCAGUACACCUCUUCUUCUUCUUCUAUGAAGGGGCCUUCCUUCGGUGGGGGCUCCACUCGACUCUCCUCUGUCCAUUUUGGUGGGGGAUACAGAGCUCCCAGCAUCCAUGGUGGGGCAGGUGGUCUCUCCCUCUCUUCCUCCCGCUAUGUCUCUGGAGUAAGCAGUGGCUUUGGUGGUGGCUAUGGGGGCAGCAGCUACUGCAGCAGCUUUGGUGGGGGUUUUGGGGGAGGCUUUGGAGGCGGCCUGGGGGGCAGCUUUACUGUUGCGGGCGAUGGCCUGCUGGCAGGAGGCGAGAAGGAAACCAUGCAGAACCUGAACGACCGCCUGGCUGCCUACCUGGAGAAGGUGCGGGCGCUGGAGGAAGCCAACACAGAGCUGGAGGUGAAGAUCAGGGAGCGGUACAAGAAGCAGGGACCUGGUCCACAGCAAGACUACAGUGGUUAUUUCAGGACUAUUGAGGACCUGCGGAACAAGAUACUAGCUGCCACCAUGGAUAACGCCAACAGCAUCCUGCAGAUUGACAAUGCACGUCUAGCUGCCGAUGACUUCAGGACCAAGUUUGAGACAGAACAAGCUUUGCGCAUGAAUGUUGAGUCUGAUAUCAAUGGGCUGCGCAGAGUCUUAGAUGAACUGACCCUGGCCAGGGCAGAUCUGGAAAUGCAGAUUGAGAAUCUGAAUGAGGAAGUGGCUUAUCUCAAGAAGAACCAUGAAGAGGAAAUGAAUAUUCUCCGAAGCCAGAUAGGUGGAGAAAUCUCUGUGGAAAUGGAUGCUGCUCCUGGGGUGGACCUGACCAAGAUCUUGGCGGAGAUGCGUGAACAGUAUGAGAACCUGGCAGAGAAGAACCGCAAAGAUGCCGAACAGUGGUUCUUCACCAAGACUGAAGAGCUGAACCGUGAAGUUGCCACCAAUACAGAGCAGCUGCAGAGCAGCAAAACAGAGAUUACAGAAUUGAGACGCACUGUUCAAGGCCUGGAGAUAGAUCUGCAGGCGCAGCUCAGCAUGAAAGCGGCACUGGAAGGCACCUUGGCGGACACCGAAGCCCGCUACGGUGCUCAGCUGGCCCAGCUCCAGGCCCUGAUCAGCAGCGUGGAGGAGCAGCUGGCCGAGCUGCGGUGUGACAUGGAGCGCCAGAACAACGAAUACAAGAUCCUCCUGGAUGUCAAGACCCGCUUGGAGCAGGAGAUCGCCACUUACCGGCGCCUGCUGGAGGGAGAGGAAGCCCACAUCAGUUCCCAAUACAAUGCAGCUGUAUCUGGAAGAGACGGUAAGAUGACAAAGACCACACGCCAAGUCCGCAUGGUGAUCGAGGAGUCUGAAGAUGGAAAGAUAGUCUCUUCCCGUGAGCAGGUCAAGCAGUCUAACUACUGAAAAGGACAGACUGUCUCGAAUGCCCCAAGAUUGGAGUGCUUGGAUACCCCAGGAGAGUUGGCAUCCCAAUAUCCUCCCAGCAUUCUGUAGUGUGUAUUCCACUUCUCUAUCUGUCUGCAUGCACACACAACAUCUUUGUGAAGAAGAAGAAGAAGCAAAGCUACAGUUAUAUGGCUUUUUCAGUCAACUAACUUCCUUCCCUGUAAGCAACUAAUAAAGCAUCAUUCC